CGGUCGUUUCCAGGAGGCUGCCCGUUUCACAGCCCAACACCCAGCAGCAGAGGCGUGGUGGGGGCCUCCAGCCCCUGGGAUCCUGCCAGCUCAUCCUUAAGACUCUGCGGAGGGGGUCACCUCCACUGAGAAGCCCUCCUCCCAGCCCCACCCAGACCAGCCUCACCCAGUGGAACACUCGCAGCAAGUUUCUCUGGGAGGCCGGGAGGCUGUGAAGCCCUGGGUUGGGAGCAGGCGCUGGGGCAGGGCGGAGUGUUGGUGGUGCGGCUAAGGGAGCAGCUCUCCAGCACUCCCUCGGGACCAGGAAGCUCCCUGCGUCCCGAGCCCAUCUUGACAAAUACUUAGGCGGAUCCAAUUGUCUCUGCUCCAACCACUUCCACCCACCCACGCCCCUUGUGUGGCAGGAGGAAGAGUGAGCAGGACUUUUGCCCCCUGCCUGCGCCUCCAGCUUCCAGUUCAGAUCCUACAGUGUCUCCCAGCAACACCUGCCCAGGAUGCGGGAAGCCGGGGCCCCCAGGGGCCGGGGCCGGUCCCCCAGCGGGACGCGUGCUCUGAGCCUGCCCCAGGUCAUCCUGCUCACCUACGUCCUCUCGGCCCUGGAGCUCACCUGCCUCUUCAUGCACUUCUCCGUCCUGCCUUACCUGUCCCGGAGGCUGGGUCUGGAUUCUGUCGCCUUUGGCUACCAGCAGACUCUGUUUGGCGUGCUUCAGCUGCUGGGCGGGCCCUUGUUUGGCAGGUUCGCAGACCAGCGCGGGGCGCGGGCAGCCUUCACGCUCUCCUUCCUGGCGUCCUCCGGGCUCUACCUGCUCCUGGCGGCUGCCUGCAGCCCGGCCCUGCCCGGCGUGACCUUACUCUUUGCCUCGCGCCUGCCGGGGGCACUCAUGCACACGCUGCCAGCUGCCCAAAUGGUCCUCGCGGACCUGUCUACGCCUGAGGAGCGGCCCACGGCCCUCGGCCGGCUCGGCCUGUGCUUCGGGGUCGGUGUCAUCUUCGGCUCUCUUCUCGGCGGGACCCUAAGCAGCUCGUGCGGGAUUCAGUGUCCGGUCAUUGUGGCUCUUGUGGUCAGCCUCCUGGGAGCCGUCCUCAGCUUCACCUGCAUCCCCACCAACACCAAAGUGGCCAGCGACCAUGCCCAGCCUGUCCCACCAGGCAGGACCAAGGCCAGCGUGUUUGACCUGAAGGCCAUCAGCCGCCUGCUGCUGCAGCCCGGCGUCCUGCCGGUGUUUCUCGUCAAGGUCAUUUCCGGCUUCCCCUCAGGGCUCUUCACUGUCAUGUUCUCCAUUAUAUCCAUGGACUUCUUCCAACUGGAGGCCGCCCAGGCCAGCUACCUCAUGUCCUUCUUCGGGGUCCUCCAGAUGGUCAUCCAGGGCCUGGUCAUCGGGCGGCUGAGCAGCCACUUCUCCGAGGGAGCCCUGCUCCGGGCCAGCGUGCUGGUCUUCAGCGUGGUGGGAUUGGCCAUGCCUGUGUACCCUCAACGUGGUCACCGACAGCCUGCUGACCAAGGCCGUGUCGGCCUCAGACACCGGGACCAUGUUGGGCCUCUGUGCCUCUGUGCAGCCGCUGAUGCGAACGCUGGGGCCCACCCUGGGCGGCCUCCUGUACCGCAGCUUUGGAGUCCCUGCCUUUGGCCACGUGCAGUUCGCGGUCAACUUCCUUCUCCUCCUGGUCCUCUGGAGGCAGCCCAUACCCCGGAAGACAGACAAAGCCCCGUGACCGCAGCCCCCGGGCACCGACUGGCAAUAAACUCCAUCAGCACCGCUUCCAGCCUGGCCUCUCAGGCUCCCACCGGUUGGGGGUGACGGAUGGAGCCUUGGGUGCCGGAGGGCUUUUCUGAAGGAGGGCAUCAGCGGCUGGGCCCCAGGGCUCUAGGGAGCACAAUCCCCCAAGAUCCUCCCGGUGUGAGGUGGGCCCCACUCUUGGAGCCCAUUGCCAUGAGCAGCGAGUGCCCCUGGCCGCCACCCAGACAGCUCUGCCCGUAUCCCCAGAGACAAGGAGCUCUCUGCUCACCCCUUCCUACCCUCUGCCCCAACACGGCCCCCCAGCCGCAGACUGAGCCCGCUGCCCACACACCAUCUUUUAUUUUUGAAGGUGCUGCCACUCGUGAACAGAGACGGGACAGGGUUGUUUUAAAAGAUCCGAGAUCCCGGCCAAGAACCCUCACUUCACACUGCGGGGGCCCAGCGGGUAGAACCAGGCGUGCAGGCCCGGGAACUGGGGAGCAGGGUCCCCUCCCCCUCCCCCUCCCCCUCCUGGCCGGGGUUCUGUGGAGGAGGGGUACCAGGCACGGGGAGGCCAGCCAGCUGUGACCAGUGCCCAGUUUAGAGAGGACAACCUUGUCAUGUGCCUACCGACGCCCCUGAAACCCUGGCGCACCCCCCGCCCCGACACGCACAGGCUGCCUUCAGAAGAAGCCAUCAAAAUUCAGAAUCCUUGCCCUCAGAAUUCCACAGUCCCAGCUGGAGGGGCCUCAGAGCCAAGCCCCCCCACUCGCCCAGCCCGAGCGCUCAGGCCAGACCCCGCCUCCAGGAACGGGGGUCUCACCCACCCUCUGACCUUGGCCCUUCACCCAGAGGCUCUGGCAGGGAGGGGGGCAGGACGGGGUGCACCCUGGGGUCAGCGCAAGCCCUGGAGCCGGUCUUUCGGUCUUCCGUACUCUCUGGAGGAGCCCCCUCCCUGUGUGCAGUGGGGCUCUUCAGUGUCCCAGAGGAAAAGUCACGGCGGGAAUGGCUUCUUCUCUAGACCUGGCAGCAGGGCUCCUGCCGCCGUCUCACGCCCGGGGCCCAGCGCGAGGCCUGUGGUGGCGCCCCCCGCCCCCCAGCAAGGCUAAGGGACCGACAUCAGGGCCCAAUGUCGGUCCUUCCCUGCCCGCACCCCUGCCUCCCUCGCCUGGCACCCCCUCCAGUCAUAAGGGCGAAACGGAGCCCCUCGCCAGGCCGGGGCCGGCAGCCUUUCCCUGCCUCCCUCCUGGGCUUCUUCGUCACCUACAAGACCUUCUGGACGGGGGAGCCCUGGACGCGCCGUUCCAGGCAGGAAGGGCAGGAGCCCGCUUGUCAGGUACCUCAGGCCUCCCCAGGCCAAUGUCACGUCCUGGGCCCCUCGGACGUUUCAGCCUCCUGCCGCCCCAGCAGAAGCCAUGCGGGCCUCUCUCCCAUUUGCCCAGAAACCCCGCGUGCCUGCUGGCCUCACACUUCAGGCACCGGCCAGCAAGGCCUGGCAGCUGGUCCAGCCAAGCCAUGGCGGGGAGUUUAAGAGGAGCCCAGCGGGGCGGGCAGCCAGAGGCCUGAGGGCUUCCUUUCAGGGGGCUGGGCAGGUGGCCGGGCAGGUGGGCAGGAAGGGACAGCUGGCAUCCGGCACCCCACCUAGUGCCGGGGCAGCUCAGAUGGGGGGAGCCCACCGACCGUGAGCGACUGCCCAGAGCAGCCCUGCGCUGUCCUGCUGGUCCACACCCGGAGCGGAAGUCAGCCAGUGCCAACCCCAGGGCACUGCGCUGGGGAGAGGCUGCUUGGCAAGGAGGGUGUGGCCAGGGUCCAGCGGAUGACAGUGUUCAUUCAAGGCGCUUUUCCUCGCCCUUCCGAGGCCUGUGGUGGCCACUCCCCCCACCCCCGAAACAUGGAAUGAAGGAGCCACCGACUCCCUCCCCAGGAAGCUCACUGCGCCACUGCCAGCUGGUAGUAAAGAGAACUGGUCAAGGAGUUUAUUUGGAAUGGACAUACUGGUGAAAAAUAUAUAUAUAUAUAU